AGACUUACUUCUUCCUCUCCUCUAUUUUUAUUUCCUGAUUUUUUAUUUAUGUUUUACCUAACCUCUCUUCCUUUAUUUUUUCGUUUUCCAUAUCUGUGUCCAUUGGAUUUGAAAUGAACCAAAAUCAAUUUAUAAUAACAUAAUAUAUUAGGGCUGGGCUAUAACACAAUAACAGUAUCAAUCUUAAUUGUCACAUGAUCAAUAUUAGUAGAAAAUACGUCAGAUAGAAUGCCCCAAUAAAUGUAGUGAAAUCUGUAAUGCUCCAGAUGUGAAAGUGAAUCUGUUGGGGUUCUCACUUAGUCAUUUGUGGUUGCUACACUGCUGAUCAGGACAUGCAAAAAAAAAAAAAAAAAAAAAAAAAACAGCAAAAAGAGCAUUAUUUGGAUGUGAAGGAGCGGAAAUGGAAAUUUGUAACAACUAUACGAUGCUGCUAUCAUGUCAGUAUGAAUCAACAUCUCGUUGCCACUAAUAAUUCAAAAGAGGGCUCAGUCAGAUACAAGCAAGGUGUACCUAAUAAAGUGGCCAGAGUGUGUAUGUUUAAGUGUUUUACAAAGUUCUCUGGGUUGUUUGAAGGCCACUCUCAUUAGUUUCUUAAUUUACCUCUUUUUGUUGUGUAAAAACAGAUUUCAGUCUUCCCCCCGUCUCUUCGCCCCCCUUGCCCCACUCUUUUCUCAUCCCUUCCCUUCCUCCCAUCCAGCAGAGGGUAGUUGGCACCAGUAUAAAGCAUCAGCCUCCUCCGACGACUCGUGCCUGACUCCUUGCCAACCUGUGCGCAACUAGAAAGAGGAAUGGCAAGAGGGAGGGAAGGGAAAGAGAAAGAGAGGAUUUUUGGAAGGAAACAAACCGAGCGGUCUGGAAAUCAACCCAACGUCACCAGUUUGGCAUGCUGGGAUGGUACCUCUUCCGUGUCUCUAUAUGAGGAGGCAGCAGCGCUUGGACUUCAGUUGUGCGGACAAGCAUGCCGUUAACGGGAAUCCCACUGUGGAGCCUUUUCCAGGAGGCAUGGAAACCAUCAUGUUUGGAAUGGGCUGUUUCUGGGGAGCUGAGAAGCUGUUCUGGCGGCUUCCAGGAGUCUUCUCCACCCAGGUGGGCUUCGCCGGGGGCUUCACACCCAACCCGACCUACAAUGAAGUCUGCACAGGUCUGACGGCCCACACUGAGGUGGUGAGGGUGGUCUUCUCCCCUCAAGACAUCAGCCUGGAGGAACUCCUCAGACAGUUUUGGGAGAAUCACGAUCCUACACAAGGUAUGAAGCAGCACAAUGACAGCGGUACUCAGUAUCGCUCAGUCAUUUACACAUCCAGCCCAGCUCAACAGGAGGCUGCACUGAAGAGCAAGGAGGCCUUCCAGAAGGAACUGGAUAAGAAAGGCUACGGUCCAAUCACCACUGAGAUCCUGGAGGGACAGGAGUUUUUCUACGCGGAGGACUACCACCAGCAGUACCUGAAGAAGGUACCCAAAGGAUACUGCGGCCUUAAAGGGACCGGGGUUUACUGCCCCAUUGGAGGCAGCAAGGAGGAGCUGUAAGGCAUCUGUGGAGGCAAUUAAAACUAUAUUG